AUGGCGCCUGGGAAAACGCACGUGAAAGAUUCGAAAAAGAGUAAACAGUUUCAAGUAAAAAAGGGGAAUAUCUCUGGCAUCAAAAAGGCAAAGACCAGUAAUGCUCCCAAAAAGAAGGUUAGAAAUCUACAUUUAGUAAAAACAGAGGGACGCCAAAUAGCUUUUACUUAACAGUUAAUGAAUGGAUGGCAGGCGCGGAUCCGGUACCCCGGUCACCUCCCCGCCCAACCAUCUCGCCACCAACGAAAUCGCCACCAAGAUAUACAUUGUAUAUAUCUUAAUUAAUACUUAUCGAAAGGAGAAGUCUCGAAAAAGAAUUCUUUCACUUUAAAUUUACAAUGAAAGGAGGUAAGGUUCAAGUGACAAUAUUAACCAACUUUCAUAAGAAAGGCUGUUGGAUUUUAAACAAAUCGCGAUCGCACCUUAAAUAAGCCGUAUUAAGGUGUUAAAAAGUCGCAAUUAUUCACAAAAACUGAAACAGAGAUAUACCGUUUUUACACCAAAAACAAAAUUACUAUAAAUCUAUAAAUCAUUCCUCUAGUAUGGUGACGAUCGUGUGAUUUAACCAAGUAUAUAUCUUUUAUUUGACAUAAUCCAGCUAAAAGGGAGAACCUGGCAGCAGAUUGAAGAAAUUAACAAGAAUUUCACAGAUGUACUACAUACAACACUGAUCAAAGAUUCCAGCCAGGCUGGCAAUCCGAAAUGUGCAAGUGCAGGAAAGGAAGUCUGUUCACAGGUGAGAAUGUGAGAAUGUUUGGCAUGGAAAGAUCCUAGUGGGGGGUACUUCCUUAUAAGAGGCUAAUGGGGAUGUGCUGCUGGAUGGGGUCGCAUUUUCAUGACUGGAUUGACUAUAAUCGGGUCACAUUUUCAAUGGUGUUUCUAGAAUUGUGCGCAUUUUCGGAUUAUGGGGGUAAGACGGUUCUUCAUAUUUAUGGUUAGCAAACGUACCAGAAUGUUUGUAGCGCAGAUGAAAAGUAAAGUGCUCUUCAUUCAAUGUAAAAAAUGGGUCAAUUCAUAAAAAUAGAAAGUGACUACGUUGGGAUCGUGAAAAUUACAUAUUUGCCCAAAAGUGACUAAGCUGGGGUCUAUAAUUGGCCACAAAAUAGACUAUAAUGGGGUAAGGGCUCUGAGAGGCCAGCAGCACAAACCCAGCAAAAAUUAACCCAAGUACCCCCCCCCCCAGGGGGGAAGAUGAGCGAGGAAAAAGCUGCUGAUCCAGUAAAAGUGAAGUCACUUUAGAAGGGUUGCCUUUGUUUGGUUUUAAUUUUCUACUUGUUGGGUUGUAUACUCAGGGGGUCCCCUCCCCAGCCCAGAACCCAGCCUGUAUCACAUUUCUUGUCUGUCUUUCAUUUGCCCGUGUUAUGUUGUAACUGAAUGUUCUAGAAGCUUAGAACUGACAAUGUUUGUAGAAAUUGAUGAGCUAGGCCUGUUUGCAAUACUUCAGUAAGCACUCAGUUGCAAAAAGUGCAGCAAACAUGAAAGCUUUAUCAAUGUUUUAAUGCGGGACAAAAACAUAAAAGAUCAUGCAGUUUUCUUAAGCUCAGUGUAAAAAUUCACUCAAAGUCAUUAAUAUUAUUACAUAUAUAUUACCUUCAAACAGAUCACUGAAAGGGCAUCAAUUACAGCGGUUUCAGAUGUUUCUCAAGAUGAACUCACAAAGACUGUUGAAAACAUUGCAAAUCUAUAGCUAAUAGCUAAACAAUGCUACUCUGUAUAACACAAAUCGUAGAUGAGAUGUUUCAAACUUUGCAUCAAAGUUGAUCAAAUCAUCCCAGAGUACUACCUGAUCCCUAGCAACAAAUGAUCAGAAUCAAGAACGUCUUGGACUUUCCCCUCAUGCUCAGAGGGAAUACUCUUGGACAUACUAUCUGCCACUAAUGUUCUUUGACCUGUACAAAAACCAGUCUUAAAAUAGAACUAAUAUACAGUCAUCGCCUUUAUAACAAUAAUGGUCUAAUCACCUUUAAGGCCUAAUGUAUGCUCAAAAAAUAUCUUACUCAAUUCAUGCAGUCUUCCUCAAGUGUGCCAAAAUCAAGCAAGUGUAAAAAAGGCUGUGCUGGUAGUGUGAGAUUUUGAAUGUUCAAUUCAAUUUGUUAUAAACAGAGAAAUCCAACAAUUUAGGACAAUAUUGAGGGGAGUUCAACAAUAAACUUGAAUGUACCAAGUGUUGCCAGUGUAGCAACUGCUAAAAGAAAUCUUUUACAUGCUUUUGGUAAAUGUAGAAGUCGUUGUCUUCCAAGGGUUGGGUUAAAAUGGUAUUUUUGUUUGCGACAAAGCUUAUGAUUUUACAAAUUGCUUUGCAUUAAUUUGCUUCUUAAAAUGUCAUUAUCACUUGAAGGUCUUUUGAAUGGACUAAGGGCAUUUUAAAGGUACUGCUUUUCAAUGAAAAUGCAAUCAUACUGGACACGGCUGUGCUUUGUUCCUGGCCAGAUAUAUUUGUCUUUGUUUUAUAGAAAUCAUACGCUGAGGACCCUGGAAUUCACAGGUUCAGCGCCCCAGGCUCCCUUCAAUUUUUCUUUGAGCACAGCCUCGCUAGAAUUGCUUACAUGGAAUUGCUUACUCGUUUUCGUAAAAAUAUUCUCAAUGACUAUCUUGUACAAAUUGCAGCUAGUAAGAUUUAUUUUUCUUUUUGACCAAGUUUCAUCAUCAUCAUCAUGUCUUAUCGCGCCAGUAGGUGCAUAAGCCUCACUGACCAAGAUUAUGAAGCAUAAAAACGACUUCCUUCGGUUCCUUAUCAGGGAAUUCAAUAAAAGUGGAACUUUCUUAUUUAAAGGAGGAAAAUCUAAUAUAUUGUUAUUACAAUUAUUUAAUGAACGACUUUUUGUUACUCUACCUGAAUCAGAUUCUGAAUUAAACAUACAACUACGUUGAAACAGUCGAAUCUUUUUUUUCUUUCUCUCGGGGACGACAUGGAUAAUAGAACAUGGGAACGAUCAGGACGGUUUCAAACGUCGAAUUUCACAUAUGCCGAAUUUAAGGCUAAUGGGUAAAAUCUUUUGUUCUCAGUCAUUUGCAUUAGUCGAGGCAGGAUUAGCACAGUUGGUAGAGCGCUUGAUUGCAGAGCGGGAGGUCGCGGGUUCGAUUCCCGUUGCCGAACCAAUACUCAGGGUCUUAAUUAAAAUAACUGAGAAAUGAAGGUACUCCCUUUGCACUGCAAUCGGCUAGACCACGUAAAAUGGCGGUCCCAUCUCCAGUUGGAGACGUAAAAGUAUUGUCCCCAGUUAGUACUUUCGUGCUGAAUACCUUGACACUCAAAUCAAUUACAUUUAUUUAUAUAUUUUUUUUAGAUUCGGCACAUGUGGAGUUCGACAAUCAAAACACGCCGCAAGUGAGCAAAACACGCAAGAGUGGGUAUGGUUUGAUCCAUACAGUAUACGAGGGUUUUUUGAUCGGCUAAAAUAACUAGUAAUUCGAGUUUACAGUAUACAGAGUUAUUUCGGUUCGGGGUAUAUUGAGAGAAACUUUGGGUGUUUUGAUUGUCCAUACACCACUCCCCCUACCCUUACCCACCAGGAGAGGUGUUGACUUUCCCGUGAUACUUCCUCCUUACCCUUCCCACUGCCGCCUGAUUAGCUCAGUUGGAUAGCACAGAAAUUUAGAGUUAAACGGCAACGUAAAUUUGUACCAAGUGACCAAGUUUUCCCUUGUCGUUUACUGUUCAAUACCUCCACACGAAUUUAGUGAUUUCACUUCCUUUCUUUAGUAGUGGAAACUCGGGGGUAAAGGAAAUCGCUUAAAUCGCAGCGGGUUGGGAAAAUAACCAGACAGCAAGCAAGAAUAAACUAAGUAAAUAAGGUAAAGUGUAUUUAAUUGAAACUUCCACGGAAUAUUUAUCUUCUUGAACCUAUUACCUGAAUUCCCAUACAAAUCCUUUAUCGUUGACGGUCAUUUUGAGGAUUACCUGACGCAAUAUUAGACCUCGCGUAUUAAUAAUCUCUCAUACUGAGCUUGGGCUGCCUGUGUUCUUAAUUUUGACAAAUUCUCAAUGUGAGUCUGACGUUUGCCUUUGGCCGUAAACGAGAUUCAAAGGCUUUCUGCUGACUAAUUGCAGGUUAAUCAAUGCUGAGCAGGAAGCACGGGUUCAAACCAAAGACGGACCACCAACAUUUUGAUAUCCCAAGCGAAAUUUCUGGUUUUUAUGUAAAUGGUCUCCUUCACACCCAGAUAUGUAGGCUCUCCUCUAAAUCUCAGUUUGUCCCAACAAGAAGACACACAAACCUUGGGUGCGGCUCGCUUCAAGCCAAGCGCUCGGUUUAUUCACGUAAAGACUAAAAGAUACAUGCCAUAUCAUAGAAACGUAAUAUACAAUCCAAGUAACAUACAGCUCCAAAAAACUAGGUCACAAGCUGAAUUAAAUUGAAAUGGGAUCGUGGAACAACAGCUGGGUGAAAAACCUCCCCGUAGGUCCACUUGCACCUAGGAGGAAAACCCCAGGCCAGCUGUACCCCAUGAAAAAACGGUCUCCCGGGCAAGACCAAGUAAAUAGAACCUAGAAUCAAUUAAAAGCGGUACGAACAAGAAAACUAAAUACCUAAAGCCUUAGGAGAUAAAGAAUCUUGGACAUAUCGGUCCUUAGCCGAUUCACUAGCCCAGCGGCCAUGACGCUUAAAAAGUUGAUCUGGUAGGCCUGCAUUUGCGGCAGCAGUGGCCCCGCCACUCCUAAAGCUAUGUGUACCAAUGGCAGAAAUAUCAGGAACAAUAUCUUUAAAGGCUUCUAGCACUAACUCUCUUAACCUUGAAUAGCUUAAACCUUUAGAUCUAGGCGUAUAACCACAUUUAGUUUUGGAAAGCUGACAAAACAAAGGGCUAUCGCAGGAAAGCCCAGCUCUAUCUAAAUAACGGUUCAUCAUAGUAACCGGACAAGUUGCUUUCCUAGAAUAAGCUACAACAAUGCAAGCUCCAUCUCUAUACUGAUCAGUUUCACUAGAUUGAAUAAAUAACUUUAACAUGUCAUUUUCGAUCGUAACAUCGGAUCGAACAAGCUUAGCAAGCUCAUCAAAUCUGAGAAAGGCAGCAAAAGCUAGUAAGCAAAUAACAACCGAACGAAUGUUAUACAAAGAGGCCAUUGAGUCCGCCUUGGAGAGGCAACUAACUGCUCUAACUGAGAGACUGUGAUAGGCUUCUUCUUGGUUGUUUUAUGGGCCAGCAAACGCUGCGCGCCGGCAAAAGUACUCUUCACCAACGGAUGAUCAGAAGGAGACGGCUCGCCACCCAGCUGGUGAAACCAGGCAAUGCUGUGAACUGCCGACUCCAGGGGAGAUGCUGUCUUCGUCUCAGUCAUUAAAUGAUGCAAAUAAAUAGCAAAGUGAAACGGAGAAGCGGGAAAAACUGUCAAGCCAUUUUCUCGUGCCCAAGACCUCCAUCUGUUGUAAGAGGAAAAAUAUUUGGAGGAAGUACUGGGUGCUCUGCUAACCAAAGCAACAUUCGGAAGAGAACUUGCAAGGGAUUGUAAAGCACUGGAUCACUGGGGAACCGCAGCCCGAAGAUCCAACCACAUAGUAGAGCUGAAAACAUCUGCAAAAUAUAAGCAAAAAGAACACACACACACCCUAAAAAGUCAAAAACAAAUAAAAAUGACCCGGACGCUGGAACAGCAAGACCGAGAUGAAAGACAAAUCCAGCACGCCCAAAUAUAUACCCCUACUAAUUACCCACAUACCAGCGCACACGCCUAAACAAACAUAAGAUACCGAUGAGAGCAUAUUUUCCUGCUAAUUGCCAAGUCAAACGCAGGAAAAUACUAAUUGAUUGGAGGAUGAGUGCGGGCUCAUUAUUCUAAACAGCAGCUGGUAAACGAGCCUACCCUCAUCCCACGUUACGCUACACUGUACUGUACGUUACGUUACGUUAAGUUACAUUACAUUACGCUACAUCACAUUACAUUGACUGGCAUUAAUUAUCUCUUGCUCUUACACUGCAACAAAAACCCGGUGAAACUCCACUCAAAUGCAUGCGACAUAUUACUUUUUCUAACUUCAUUUUCUUCUACACAUAUUAUUUUUGUGAGUUCUUAUACAGCAGACACGAGCUGUGUUUACAUUCCGUAAUUUCUUCAUGGCAGCCUACUUGAAUGUUCACAAACUUCCUUGAAUUUAACAGCCAGGAAUUUCUGCUGAGUUUUGUUAUAUUUACUCUUACAUCUUAUUCACAAUAAAUCAGUUAUAGUUGCUUAUUAUUAAAAUUCUUUUUUUGGUCUAUUUCUUGUUCUCUUCAAUUCUUUGUACCCCCGCCAUUUACAUGGAUAAAAUUGUGGAACAAUGUACCCUAUUGUUCACGUGAAGCGUUAGUAAACAUGUUAAAAAUAGUUUGGGAAACUUUUAAUCAAAUGCACACACGAGCGGCUUCAUAACGUUUUCUUAGCUUGAUUCUAAAAACAACGAUACCUAACAUAAGUUCUCUUAAAGUGGCAACAAGACCCAAGUUUGUUAAUCUCAUAAGUCAGCCGGGCUUAAUUUUUCCACGAUGUUCCGUCCGUCGAAAGCGGUAGGUAUUGAAAUCAGGGCUUCGAUUAGUAAACUCUCUUAAUUAACAAAAAGUGUUGGCACAACUUGACAAACCUUGCUGAGCAUGCAAUCAAAUUUCGUAAAGAAGCACAGUAUUAACGGAUAAAGGCUGUUCAUGUUCCUUUUAUAUUUUGUCACAUUUUUUCGAGACCUAAAUAUAGUUGGGUUCUGUUACUUUGCACGAAUUUUACCGGCCACACUUCUUAGACAUACAGUUAAUGACCGCUGCCGGAAACCUUUAAUAACGCAUUUUAACAAACUGACCAUACAUUUACGAAAGUGAAGGUGAAAUCACGAGCCGGUUCACAGUAAACCAGCCCAAAAACAAAAACAGCACGCUGCUGCUUACUAAAGCUCUUAUAUACAGAGAUUGCAAGAUUAGACUGAUAUACUGAAGCAAGAAUUGGCGAUUAAGGUAAUGAAGAGAAUUAAUGGAAUUCUUUCUCUCCCCGAAACAUGUAUGUUCCAUAGUCUACAUAUGCGACACCUUUUCACCGUAGCCUGAGGAGUAAUAAAAUAAAAGUUAAAGACCGUUCAGGAUAGCGAUACAGCUUUGAAGCAUGUUGCCUAGGAAAUGAUUAAGUGCAAAAGCUAGUAAGCCAUAUAUGUAUACAUGGUUAUCAGUUUGCUUUCAAUACCCGCGUAGUAACGUCGCAUAUGUCAAGUUUAAGCUACCUGUGUUUGUGUAUUAAUCAUGCUAUUUAACAAGUUCCCAAGCGGUCAGAAUUUAUUCAUGCAUUCCUUUGACUGUUCAUAAUUUUACUGCACAGUCAAUGAAGAAAACAAAGUAGCCGUCAAAAUGCUGUAUCAAGAAUGCAGAGAAUGCGGAGAGAUGUAAUUUAGCAGCAAAAAUUUUGAAGCAAUUAUAUUAAAAUGUAAUCUCCUUAGUUUAACUGAUUACAAUUAACAAAUUAGCGCCUAAUUAAGGCUCUGUUAAAAGUUAAAAAGAAUUGCUUUAUAAAUGAAUCGUACGAUAUUGGAGGGGGGUUAAUGACUACAAAACGACCCUUCUUAAAAAUUUCCUUUUUUUCAAGUUGGUAAAACUACUGCCAAAUGAUAUAGGACACUGUAUCGGUGUAAAUUAGUUAAAAAGAACCUCAGAUUGAAUAUAAUUCGAAACUGACCUUGUUUUGAAAGAAAGGACCAACUUGACAUAAUAGCAUAAUAGAAGAACUGGAUCCCAAAAGAGAAUAUAAUAAUGAUCAGCUAUAGAAUAUGCAGUACUCACCAGGGUUCUAUCUAGAGUAUUUGAGGGGUAGAAGCUUCCCCCCCCCCCCAAAAAAAAAUGCCCAGCUUCCCCACAAAAAGUAUUGUUUAAUAUCUUUACCGUAUACAGUAUAUGUAACUACAGUAUAUCGGAAAAAUCAUCCAGACUCGACGAGGUCAGUGCACACGGCACUGUACCAUUUCUCAAAAUUGUGUCUCAAAAUCAGGCAAAAUGCACCAGAUUGCUUCUCAGCGCAUAUUCAUUUCAAAAAAUGUCCGGGGGGCACGCCCCCUACCCCUCUAGGAAGAUCGGGACCUCGGCCACUUCUCCCCGAAAUGACAAAUCCUAGAUAGAACCCUGCUCACUGUAAAAUCAGCACGUAUAACAUUUCCUGACAGCUACGCAGGCGAAAACAAUAGUGCUUUGUUGACUGCAUUCAGGGCUUGUUCAAAAUCACUGUUACGGGAACCACUAUACAAAUGGGAAAGGGCUUCGUAAAAGGGCUUCAUGGUUUUAAAGUAUAAUGUUCAAGUUUCUCGACUGCACACCUCUAAUGCAUCUAUUGUCUAUUUGUAAUAGACCCCUGCUUACUAUACUACAAGAAAGGAAAAUUUUUACAAAUUAGUGAUUUCUUAUUUACAGGUUUUAGAAGCUCUCGGAUUUAAGUCAAACGCGAAUGGUAAGUUAUCAUAUCGAACGAAAGAAGCAUAGCUGAUUUUACAAUCGGGAAUAUAUAUUUAAGUUACCAAUAUUUCGGAAGGCACGGCCUUCCUACUUCAGGGUCUUACAUACAAUGAUAGUUACAAUUAAGAAUAGUGUGCAAUAUGAUACUAUAACGUUAAAACACAGACAGCCCAAGCUCACUGUGACAUUAUCUUACUUAGCUAAAUAAUUAUUCAUACAGCAACAAUUUAUAAGACGUUGUAUGAGAAUUAUUCCUGGGGGGGGGGCUUUUGGGUAUUUUUUGGGUGGGUAUGUGCUGCCCGGGACUCCAAAUUGGUACCCCGUUCUAAAAAAAUUUCCCCUAAAAUUGAUACCCCGUUCUAGAAAUGGGCCAAUUUUUUAUACCCCGUUCUAGAAAGUUUGUAAAUUGAAAUAGCUCUGUUUUUUUAAAAAAGAUAUUUCUUUAUUUGUUCGACUUAUACAUCAAAUAAAUGCUUCAUUAAUCAGCAACAAUUUUAAGCAGAAGAUAAAGCCGUGAUCCACAAUUUUUUAUACCCCGUUCUACAAAACGCCUCUGAAAUGGAUACCCCGUUCUAAAUCAGGAGCUUCAAAAUCACGACCCCGUUGGGCGGCAGGUACCCGUAUAGGUAAUGUAUGGGAGUACCCCCCCCCCCCCGGGGAAUUAUCCUAUUUCUGAAUAAUUGAGCGAAACAUGCAUCAAUUUUUCCCUUUAAGCUUUCAUUUUAAUAGUACUUUCUUAUGUUUAUUUGUGUGUUGACUGCGUUUCAGGCCUCUUAGGAUGUCAAGAACCCGAGAACAAUACUAGUCCCUCCUAGGAGCAAGAAAAUUAUAAGACGUUGUCGACGUUGUAUCAGAAAUAUUCUUUGCUCACUAAAUUAGCAAAAUGUGCAUUGAAUAUCGCUUUAAAGCUGACAUUUAGUGUUUCUCGUUUUUCUUAGUGUUCUGACUUGUUUCAGACUUCGUAGGCAUUUUUAAUGGAUUUUAAUGCAUUUUUUGGCGGCGAUAAAUUCCGUGACAUUUGCGUGCGACGUGGAGACAAUUCUGCCAGAAACAAAUGUUCUGAUAAAUAACGCACAUUUUCCAUCAUUCACAUUGCCAAAUUUCCCAUUUCGAAGGUACUAAACACCAACAUGAUCGCCAACGUAUUGUCCACUUCGUUGUCGAUUUUGACCUUCGAAAUGGGAAUUUUGGCAAUGUGAAUGAUAGAAAAUGUACGUUAUUUAUCAGAACAUCUACUAUUGGUGGAAUUGUCUCCAUGUCGCAAAUGUCACUGAAUCUAUCGCCGCCGAGAUCAAGUGGACCCAGUCAAGAGAGGUUUGCCAACCUUACUGUAAACUGGUGAAAAACAGUCGCUUAAAAAAAUGCAUUAAACAGUGCCUAGGAGGUCUGAAAUGCAGUCAGAACACAAAGAAACACAAGAAAACGCGAGAGGUAAGCUUCAAAGCGAUAUUUAAUGCACAUUUUGCUAACUUAGUGAGCAAAGAAUAUUUCUCAUGCAAUGUCUUAUAAUUUUCUUGAUGUAUGAAUAAUUAAUUAGCUUAGAAGGAACUAGUAUUGUUCUCGGGUUCUUGACAUCCUAAGAGGCCUGAAACGCAGUCAACACACAAAUAAACAUAAGUAAGUACUAAAUGCAAACUUUACAGGCAAAAAUUAAUGCACGUUCCGCUCAAUUAUGGAGAAAUGGGAUAAUUCUCAUACAACGUCUUAUAAAUUGUUGCUGUAUGGAUAAUUAAUUAGCUAAGUAGUGCGCUUGGGCGACCUGUGGUGAGAGGCAACUUGCACGAUGGCGUCAUUUUACCACUUCGACCAGAAUCCUUCAGUGUUUUGCUUUUUUUUGCAAAUUAAAGCUUUUCUAUUCAAACCUCAAUGGGAUUUCUAAAUUUAAAGAUUAAAGAAAAACGAAAUAAAUAAUGUCUCACUAUUAAAAACAGAUCAUCGUGCAAAUGGCCAGUCACCUGCCCAGAGUCUUCUGGUUUUUCGGUCAGCAGGGCAAGCCAGAAGAAUCUGGGUACGAGAUUGGUAAAAGGCCUAUUUUAAGGUUUCAAACCGACACCCUCAUGAUCAGAGAGAGCUCGCCGAUCUCUGCAAAAUUCCCAAGUUUGGUGUUUAUCCAGGGCCAAUAUUGGACGAGAUACAAUCAUUAAAAAACAUCAGUGCCAGCGCCCGGCAAUCCAUAUAUUUCUUAAUAAAUUUUUCAAGUUUUUGAAUGGCUGUAUGUUUUUCAAUAUUUGACCAAUUAGCACCAAACUUAUGGAUUUUUUAAAGCUCGGUGUGUUCUUUCUGACUAUGUGGAUGAUAAUGCACUGACUAGUACCCAGUCCACCUCGGUUUGAAGCCAGCCAAUGGUACCCAACGUAUUUAGUUGCUCCUCUUUGUGAUUGGUUAAAAAUUUUCACUUUUUUUUAGCCAAUUAGAGGGAAGAAAAACCAAUCCGGGUGACUAGUUCGCAUAUGUUUUCCCGCGCUUAGCUUGACGCCGGCUACUCAGUUGUUUUUGCUUCGAGGAGAUUUCAGUCAGCUCGUGAUACGAUUGGCCAGAGGAUAUACAGUUACUUUGGUUUCGAUUUUGAACCACACUCAAUAAAAAAAACAUUAUAAGAAAAAUUAUAAGGCGAGAAAGUCGAGCUUACCUUGGGUACCAGAGAUAUUUUUUCUCGCGUGCGGCGAUUAAGUGAGGCGGGGAUGUUGCGGGGUCGAGUCUUUAGCCAGAGGCCGAGGCUAUAAAGACAAGAUUACUAAAGCGGAAACGGCACAUGAAAAGUUUCUGGAACGGGUUAGUCGGGUACUGUUGUCGUGGAAAAUGCUAAUCCCUAAAAACAUGAGCACUUAACAAAAGUCUUAAAAUAUGCAUCAAGAUCUAUAACACUUAUAAAAUAAAAGCCUUGAAACUCGGCACGGUAUGAAUCAUUUGAAUUUUAAUCGACAAUUGAACUCAGACUUCUUUAUCAACUUCGUGCAAUUGAAGAGCGUAUAGGAACUGUUGGUUUGCUGAUAUACUAUGUCAGUUUUGAUGAAGGAAGAUGUUAGAAAACAAAAACUAAUCCGCAGUAACAGGAAAUUGGUAAAUUAUGUUUUCAACGGUAAGUGUAAAUACAAUUGACUUAUGAAUAACUGAAUUUUAUCAAAUACAAUAUGGAACUGAAAACGUUUCAUAUAAUACACGAGUAAAUUAACACGAGAAGAUCAACCAUCGUAGUUAUAUACCCCAGUUCAGUACCAGUAAGCACUUGCUCGAGGCUGCGUACAUAACUGCAAUGAUCUUUCACGUGUUAAAUCUUUCCCUUCGGGUUCAAAAAUAUGAAAAUACAUAUAUUCACAAUGGGUCCAUAAUAGCGCAAGACGUAAUUUUUAAAGGUUGUUAUACUGGACAUGGUUUGAUCUUACAAAAGUAAUCAUUGGAUGCUAAUGUCUUUCUUUAAUUCACAUAUACCAGGAAACAGUUUUCAAGAAAGAAGAAACAGCACGCCAUUAACAGUAUGUUACGGCUAUUAACUCUAUUAACGAUGUGUUUUAUGCCAACGUUUUCAUGUCACAAAAUAGACAUAUGAAUUCGACUGCAUUCUUACGUUCUCGGGGUAACGCCGGUUCGCUUUUAAAAUUAGGUCUAGUGCAAAACCUUUCAUUGAAUAAGAGUAUCUACUUUCGUUUUUGAAUUAUUGGUUUCGGCCUUCGGUUCUUCAUAAUCGGCUUCAGAUCAUACGAAAGCAAAGCUAGCGUAACCUGUCCUGUGUUACUGACAUAAUUUUACCGGAUGUCAUAAACUCGGCCUUUUACAUUUGUUAGCCGAGCUGGUUCUGAAAACUACAUUUACCGUGAGAUAUGAUCAAAUCGGAAACAAAGAAAUAUUUUGAAUGGGUAACAAUGAUGAAAGUUACUAAAACCAAACGAAAAAUGGUUCUUAAUUAGCUGGUUGUUCCUUUUGUUUAGGUGACAUACCUGGAAAAACGAUGGCAACAAAUGGCCAUUCAAGGAAACCUUCCUGGGAUUGUGGCAUUAUUGGAACAGGAUCCCAAUUUAGUCUCUUUACAGGUCGGUAACUUAGAAAGAGAUGUAUAUCGUUGUCACCACAGAUCAAAGAUUGUUUUUUCCUGCCUUAUACCGAGAACUAGCGGCUCACGACCGUAACUUGUUCCGCAAAUCAUUAAGCCUGCAAAAUUGCUUUCACCAGUCCGUGUCUAACGAAAGUAAUUUCUGCUUGUACGGGUUUUUUAUUUUUCUUCAACGUUAGUGUAGCGAAUAAGCGUCGUUGAUGUACUGUGUAUUUUACGAUCACGCCCUGAUUGGGGUCAUUCAAUAGAUUGCCUAGAAUUUAGAUGUGAUUGCAGUACUACACUACACUAUUUGUACCUGUCAAUUUUCUUCUUCUUUGAUGACCUAAUUUAAAAAGUUUAGGGUUUUUUAUCGUUUAAUUUCCUUUGGAUGAAUUCCUUAGUUUAAUAAUACCUGAAUCCUUCACAUGAUCUAAUUGACUGAAUUUACUUAGCCUCAAACAGUUUAUCUGGGAAGGUAAUCAUCUUUGAAAUUUACUCUUCUAUGCAGCUUAUCCUACUUAUUACACGUUUUCUUUCUUCUUUGCGAACGCCUUCUUCUUCUUCUUGAUGCUAAAGGAUUUUGUUAUGGUGAGUUAAUUUCAAUCAUUUCGUAAGUUUGAUACAUUACAUCCAGAAGUACAUACUUGCCGGAUCCCUAUAUUUGCCAUCACAAAUGAACCAAGCCGAGUCCUAAACAUAAUUCGCUUUCUGAAGAUCACACACUGUUCACAAGACUAUGCUAAAAACGUGAACAUGCUGGCAACAAUAUAUCCAGUUUUUUUUUUCAAUAACAAAUACACUCCCGAGCGUCCCGUCAAAGUUUUUUACCGUGUUAAAAUAAAGAUUGGAGAUUUGAGAUUUGAGAUACUUUUCAAUGUAUACCCAGCAUACAAAUGAACAUAAAAGCCUUUUGUUAGCCCUGUACCUCAAGCCUAACAUGAAUUCAAACUUACUUUUUCAUUUGUUUUGUUUAUUUCCUUUUUUAUGAUUUUCUGCCAUGUUCUGCAAAUAGGGGGUAAGUAUUGAACUUAUAACUAAUUCUUUCAUGUGAUUUCCUAAAAAAAUUAGGACACAGAAACUUGAAGUGUGUCAGGCUAUCAACGACAAAGGUGUUGUCAAGUGCGCAAGAUUUUCUUUGUGAAUGGGUACUCAAACAACGAUUUGUUUCUCGGGAUAACAGGGACGGGGUGUUGUUUAUGUUGCUGUUCAACUUUGCACUACUGUGUUUUCACCUAGACUACUUAGGGGCAAAAACUCUAAAGCAAGGACAACUACCAUGAAAUAUAAAUAAAAUAAAAAUACUAAUUCAAGUCAACUUAUUACUGACUUCUUCUUCUUUCUCUAUUUUUUUUGGCUUGGCUUUACCUCACAAACUAGUUCGUAAGUAUGCUCUUUAUUUUGUCCUAUUUCUGAUUGAAUAACACAUCGAAAUUAUUGCCUUUUCCAGAUUUAAAGAUUUCACCUAAAUUUUCCAAAGUUUGACAGUUCAAAAAUAACCCAUCCUAUUUUGCAUUUCUUCUAUGUACACUCUACAGACAGCAUUACAUUGGGCCGCGAAAAAAGGACGAAAAGAUGUGGCUGAAAUAUUAUUAAACACAGGAAUGGAAGUGAAUACAAAAUCGGUGAGAGUUUCUCUACAUCCAACUUUAAAUUUUUUUGUGUUCCUUAGAUGAUUUUGUUCAACAAUGAGAGAAUUUGUUUUGUCUUGUUCACUUACUUCUUUGUUUUCUAUUUUAUUCGACUUAAUAAUCCUGAUCUGAAAUUAUGGAUACACCGCCCAUCGUAAAGAAGGUAAAAACUUGGAAUAUGCUUUGCUUCCCUUUUCUGCUAAAAAUAUUGUUAAUGUACCUCAAGGCAGAAUAACUCUCUCUUGUGGACCUGUAUUUUUCUAACCACCUUUUAAUUUGUUUUUUUUUUCCGGUUGGUAACUACAUGCACCGACACAAGGGGGUAAGUACUUGUUUAAAAGCAUGCUUUUCCCUUAAUCAGCUUUAACUAAAAUACAUUUGGACCUCCUGUACCACCCGAAAUGCGAAGAUUUAAUGGUCAAUUAAGGGAGCUGGGUUGCUUAGGAGAAUGGAACCAAAGGGUAUCUUUUCUGAGUAGUGGUCUUGAUAAACCUUUUGUAAGAGAAUUCGUUGUUUGCGUUGUCUAAGUUACGAUAUGUGUAGUUCCGUCUUUCACUGAAAGUUCCUCCUAUUCUUUGAGCUGCGUAGCACAUGUUUCGAACAAAAGGCGGGUCUCAAGUAGGGCGGUCGCUUGCAAGAGCUUGUAAACAAUGGAAAAUUAUAAAACUGCCUCCACAAAAAGAGGUGGCGGUCGCGAUUCCAACUAAAAGGUUUUGUGUUUUGGAUAGAUGAUCGCUUACAAGAGGUGGUUGCGCAUGGAGGUUCGACAUGUACAAGGGGCAAAAGACGACGAGAAAGUUUCCCCCGACAUCUCGGACAUUUUUUUAUUUUUAUAUACCUCGUAAUAGAGCGGUUCGACUGUUGGCAGUCCUGAGCAAACUUAUACCCAGACUCUUUUCUCUUUCUUCUUCCCGUCUAUCUUUGUCAGGAAUAGCCUGUUCCAGGAAGGCAGCAUUCAGAUGGUGGGGAGCAAGUUGAAUCGUACGCGGGGAAAACAAGCUGGGGAAAAUAUGAGGGGGAACUGGGGUUGGGACUGGGACUGGGGACUGUUUCCUCUCUAGCCUACCCUGGUUUUUUCCUCCGAGCUCUACUUCUAAGCGCCGCCUGGAACAGGCUAUCUCAACAGUCGAUUUUAGACUUCGAAGCCCAUACGUAAGGCAAUUAAUAGUCUUUGAUUAUAAUUAUAAAUUGUAUUCAUCACUUGUAUUCUCACUGACUGAGAGCCUACAUUAAUUUUGGAAAUAAGAGCACCCUAAACAUUAUUCACUAAUCUGCAGUCAGCAGAUAAGUAAAAAAACUGGAGGAAUAUUGUUUGUUUUUUGAGAAAAAUAAACAGUGAUUAUGAAAAGCUGAUUAUAAAACAAUCGGUGCCUAAAGUUUUUGUGACAGUCGAGAUAAUUAAGAUUGAUCUCUUUAAGUGUUAUCAUAUCAGCCAAUACCUUUGGCUGAGUUGUUAUGCUAGCCAGUUCAGAAACCCUCUAUUUUCCCCUUGGAGAUCGUCGAGCGCGCGCGGGAGAUUUUUUGACCGCUAGGGCAAGGGAGUGGGGCGUUCGCGUGCUCAUCGAUUUUCGAAAAGGAAAAGAAAGCAACCUCUGCGUACAGGCUAUUGUUCGCUCGUAGCUUAAAGGUACUCCUCUUAAUACUGUGAUUUGUUUUCAGGGAUACACUGCUCUGCAUCUCGCUGUAAUUCAUAACCAUGAGAAUAUCAUUAUUUCUCUUCUGGACUGUGGUACGUUUUAUUUUUCUUGGCAUGAAAUAGUCGUCGUUUGAUAAUAGGAACCAUAAUAGGGAUUCCACAUAAGUUAUGGCUCUUGGGUAUAUUUCGUGGAGAAAAUGACUAAAAUAUAUGAUAUUGAUCACUCUUGUGAACGAUUUCUUCCCUGAUUUUUUUUCUUUUUUUGUCAAAGGUGCUGAUGUUGAAGCCCGCGAUUACAGCGGCCGCAAACCUAAACACUACAUAAAGGAAUCUAUGUCAUUAUGGUUACAAAGUAAGUUUAUGGAUUAACACAGCACCUCUAAUUCCGCGUAUAUAUCUUUAUCUUAAAAAUAGCUAUAAAUUUCGCUCGUAAAACUCGAUGAUUUAAAAGACUUGUUUGUCUACGGCAAUGUGCCAUGGACUCUUUUUAUGCGGCGGCAAUGUGAAAUCCCUGGAGAAUAAAGUGCUUUUUUUACAUGCGUAAAUCUGUUCUGAGGGCUUGUUUACAUGGAGGUGGGUGACCCCAGAUAGGUGAGGUAACAUGUGGCGGGUCACCCGUUCAUAUAAACGUGAUCAAAUUAAAAUGUGAGAUUAUAUGGACAGGCGGGUUACCUCACCUACUCGCGGUCCCCCACCUCUAUGUAAACAGGUCCUAAUUGUGUGUACAUGGAAAUUUGUAAUGGUAAUUGAACUUCGUGUCGUGCAAUUUGGUCUGAAAUCAUAUGAGUGAUUUCAAAAUCGAACGAGCGCGCAGCGCGAGUUCGAUUUGAAAUCACAAGUAUGAUUUCAGACCAAAAUUGCACGACACGAAGUUCAAUUACCACUUUAUUACAUCCAUUUUGAAAUCGCAGAAUUUAGUUAGUACUAAUAUUUUAUUGAUCAAGUAGCCGGUUUGUUAAAAGGCCGAAACAAAAAGGCUUUUACAUCUCAUUUUGUAUUCGAAACAGAAAUGAUGCGAUAUAGAACAAAAAUGGUGCCACUUAAAACUGAAAUGAUGCGAUUUAGAACAUGAAUGACACGAUUUGGAAAAGAUACGAUUUAGAGCAAAAAAUGGUGCGAUUUAGGAAUAAAUCACACUGCUGAGAGCCAAUCAGAUUGCACGGAUAGCCAGUGAUUUCAAAGUGGAUGUAAUAAACGAGUAAAUUUACAUGUAAAUUUAUUUUACAUUUGUCAAUUUUUUCUCAAGAGGCAAGACGUGUUUUUUUAGCAAAGUGGUAGCUCUUAAUCCUUUGCCUUAGCUGAAAUCCUCAAACUUUUUCAGAGGUCUUCGGAUUUCGGAAAAUCAUCGCACCUAAAUUUUCUCCUGUUAAACUGUAGUUCUGGUCUGAAACAUGAAUCUGAUUGAAAGGUCUCAUGCUGAUGCAUUUUUUUAUCAUUUAGGAAAACUUGGAAAGAAAAUGGCCCCAUCAGGUGCGUAGAAGUAUAACCCGUGAGCAUAACAGUACAAAAACCAAAGCUAUCACUUAUUUGCACAUUUAUAAAGACUGACAUUUCUAAAAAGGUGGUGAUUCUCCUUAGAAAAAAUUCUAACGUCUUUCAUAGAGUCGCACAUCGAUAAUUUCAUUUGGUCAUUUCAUAACUUGUACAUCAUAUCUUAUGCUUUGCACUGCAGUAUAUCACAGUUGAAGGAACAGGCAAUUUUUUUACUAUCCCACAAAUUAAAAUAAAAUAGCGACCCCGGGUGGGCUCGAACCACCAACCUUUCGGUGACGUUAACGUUAACAGCCGAACGCGCUAACCGAUUGCGCCACGGAGACGUAUACGAACAUUACUUCUGAAAAAGCGCAUAUCCAUCAUUGAAACUUUCCAAACUGGCAUGGUAGAGUCAAAACUAAAUGGCUAAUAUUUGUCUUCGACGGUGAACCUUACGGUUAAGCCCGACCUUUACCCCCCUUCCUUACUGUAAACCCUACUCCGUGGUCCUUUUCUUUGUCCUUGUUUUUAAAUUUUGCCCUUCUGAAGAAUUAAUACAAGUCCCCCUUUUUCUUCAACAUAUAUAUUGUACAUGGCAAGGAUUUUAUGGUAAAAUUCCUACCUCCUCAUGCGCUUAGGAGCGAGCGCGAAACGCGAGUUACUAGUGACGAAACGUAGUGGACCGUGGGAAGGAGAAAGAAGGCAGGCGAAGCGGACAGGCGAAGCGCCGUGUCGCCCGUAUUCCCUUUCCCGCCUUUCUUUGCGCGCAAAUUUUAAUCGAGAGAGAGACUUUUGGGUACGAGGCAGCUUAGCGGUACGGGGAACUCAGGAAAAUCUGUUCGUUAUAACAAGGGUACAUUACUUAGGGUUCCUGUUAUGUGCGCUUUGCAAGGAACUAUCGGGCAAACCGUGUAAAUGGCUUUUUUAAAAUAACCAAGAACCAUUAUGGCUCUUGAUACAACCCUUUACACUUUUUUUUCAAUUUUUUUUCAGUUUUAGUAUCAUCAGAGGAGACCUUGAACGGAGGAUUUCACAACAUUGGUUCCAUCUUUUUCGACAUCAAAGCACUUAGUAAUUCCCUUGGAAGUGGCCUGGACAAACUAGACGAGAAGCCAAAUAAGCUCCAUAUCCCGAGAAAUAAAGUAGCAAGAUCGGUAAAUAAACCGGACAUUAAAUUUUGUUGUUUGUUUGUUUGUUUUCACUCAGUGAUGUUGUAGUCAACGAAGCAAAAUACGGCUGAGAGAGUUGACUGCUAAUAGUCUCUAAAAUAUUUGUCCGUUUCAAAGUUUCAAAACAGAGGAAGCAAAUGGGCAAAAAUAUCCUGUUCAGAACAAAACCGACAAAACAACGAGACUAUGAUACAGUAAAUUCAUAUGUUUGUUAUAAAUUGUCUGCAAGUUAAUUGGAAAGGUUUAUUGGCAGCUGCGAGGCAUUUUAGUAUUCGUUGCAGUUGUGAAGGGUUUGCUGAAGGGUUUUUCUUUAGACAUAACACAAAAGUGAACCUACGCAUGGCCUGCUUGCCCCUGUACGGCGUGUUUCCAGGCCUUCUCGGUCAAUGAUUUUCGGUGACGUAUUCCGGGCGAACGGCCGGACCGCGUGACCCGAAACGCGGAGGCCACACGGAAUAAUGAGGCCAAGGGACUAGGAAACGCACGGUCUUCCAAGGCAACACAAACAGGCCGUUUAGGAAAAGUGGCAUUUAGUGAAGGCGAUUUCGUCUGUAAAACGUACACCUUCCUGUCCAAACUUUUUAAAAUUAAUUCUGGAGUCUUUGCCAUAACACUAUGAAAUCUUACAUUUGCAGUCCUCUUUUGUGAAGAUUUAUAAAAACGUCACUGGUAAAUUCAAGGAUAAGAAUCCACCCAAACUAGAAAUUCCUGAGUGUACAAGGUGAGGUAACUUGCAUUUUCUUGGAUAUAUUAUCAUUGUAUUUUCUGGCCUUCCCUCUUUGUACCAAAUAUAACGCCACUAAAAAAUAAUGUGGUAAGAGGUCUUUAAAUGAGAACAUAUUUUAGUCUUCGCAAGAUCAUGAACUGAAAUUGAGUGGUUGAUGGACCAGUUUAUUUUACACACUUCAUCAUUCACCUCAUACAAUACUCCUCAUAUACUAGAUUCGGCACAUGUGUAGUGCAACGUUUGAACCGGGCCUUAAACAGUGAGCAUAGUUUUUUUUUAGCCUGAGAAAACAGCCGACAUUUCGCGAAGCCACCACUGGUUUUCUCGCAAAAUGACAUCUGAGAAACGAGCGCAGAAAUUCUACAAUGAUGACGUGUCACUAUCCAAGACUGGGAAUUGCUUCUGACUGGUUGAAGCAAAUUUCCUUGGCGGCACAACCAACCAGAAUUAUACUACCCAGGUCUGACAAGUGAAGGUAGAGACACGUCAUCAGUGAUGAGUAUGGAUUUUCUGGGAUGGAUCAUCAGACGUCAUUUCGCGGACGGAAUCGCGAAAUGUUGGCUAUUUUCUGAGGCUAAGUUUUGGUGUAAUCCAAACAAUUUUCUUAAAAAUAUCCCUCCAUUCCUUUGCUUGUAGCUAUCAGAGAACAGGCCGCGCAAGGUCUGCUCCUGACAUCAACAACAUCGCAACGUGGAACCCACGAUUCGUUAAAGUGAUGCGUUAA